AUGGGUUUUGUAGAAGAGUUUGAUCAUGUCUCUACGGAACAAGGAUCUGCCAAAGGGCCGGCUCCGACCAUCAACUCGACGCAACCUCUCCAGCAGAUUCCAUCGUCGACCCCGCCCGAACCCUCGAUCACGAAGUCGCAGAAACACAUCUCGACAGUCUUCCGACGAAGACAAUGGCUGGUGUGGAAAGUCGGCGGGCUUCUCAUCCUACAUGCGCUCUAUCUCAUACUGCUGGCCGUCGCGUUGGCCGUGUCGCUUCACAAUAACGGGCUCGUGACAAUUCGAAAUUGGCAGUACGUCCAUACAGGAAACUCGUCAUUUUACGAUCGAAUCUCACUUACGUGGACCACGAUACCGACAUUGAUAUUUUCGCUUUUUCUGCUACAUAUGCGAUGGUGCUAUGAAGAGAUUCAAAGACUGCUGCCGUACCUCGAGCUCUACAAGAGCCGCGACAAGGGCCAUACAAGUGUUCUGGUGAAUUACCGCUCCGAGUUUCCAUUGAUUGCGAUUUUCAGCGCCUGGAUGAGGUCGCAUCGUAUGGUAUCAUUCACAAUAACGCUAUCGCUCACUUUCUCCAUCGUCGCCGUUCCCCUUUCGUCGCAUUUAUUCGAGACGAGACUGAGGCAGCAACCGACCGAGGCAGAGGUCUCGGCACAGACAGUCUGGAACUCGGGGAAUAUCAAUGAGCGAACCGACUAUAGCAGAGCGCUGCAGGUUGCCUCGGUUCUCGACGUGUAUAAAAGCAAUGGGGGUAUAUUUUCGCAGUGGGCCAGCAGCGACUAUGCCUUUCCAACUUACAGCGCCGUCGGUACCCCAUGGGGAGAUAAUAGCACGAUCCGUAUAACCGACAUUCAAGGCCACGGUGGUCGUAUAGAGGGUCUCAAGUUCCUGAAUCAGUCGCAGUAUCGGCUCUCACGUGGGAACGGGACCGACAACAUUGCGGUUUCAGGCACCGAUGACGGAUGCCUUCUCUCCCUCAGCUUCGACCUGGCAGACAAAGAAGUAGACCUUUAUUUUCAAGUUGGUGUUGCAUCUUGUACUCGAAAUGGCGACGACAAUAAGGAUUUAGGCCCGUCAGUUUCCCAGUCAUACUCUAAACUGUUCUUCUUCCUGGGCUGGCCUGCUCCAGGUUCUAAUGCUACUGCGAUGAGCACCGAGGUGAUCACGGGAGACACGAUUCAUAUAGGUGUCAAGGGAGACAUUGAGGUUGCUGUUCGUGAGAAUGUUGUCUCAGUCAAGAGCUUCAAACCUUCAAAUGAAUCAGAGACCGUCGCAGGAACGACGACCGCAUUUGACCGCGCUAUUCUCCAGUCUGGCAACACGAAGAGCACUUUCAGCAAUAUCCAAACGACUUACUUUGGAGGUCUAAUUCUAGAUCGAUUCGAUGUGGCGAGGCGAAAUGCGUCGAGUCCCUGGGUCAGUGUUGAUGCAAGCACCGCAGAGGCUCUCCGAAAAGAUAUGAUGGACGCUAUCAGCAAGAUGUACACGACCGUGUAUGUUUCAGCAGCUGCUCUGAACGGUUUCGAACCGGUGGAAUGGCCACUCGACUACCUGUCAACCGGGGUUUACAUUGUCCAUGAUGUGGAACGUCUGUUUAUCAACGAGGGUAUAGCGGGCUUCUUAAUUGGCGUUAUAAUAAUAUCCUCCCUCAUCGCUGGACGGGCACUAAGCUAUGCACUGGCCUUUAGGAACUACCAGGUCGACUGCCCCGAAGAUUUGAUAUCUAGUUUCGAUCUGCUGCACGGUUGUGAUAGUCUCGGCCAUAUGGCUGACGAUGUUCACUCCUCUGGGCAGUAUAAGGGGGAUUUUGUCGAGACAGCCCGAAAGAGAUGGAAUUUGAGCAAGGCCACUUUCUCGAUAAGCCGGGACGAAUCAAGUGGGAGGCCAACACUUCAGGUUGAGAACCUGAAUCCGAAUACAUGA